GGAGAGAUGUCACGUGGCGCAGACCAAAGAUAGCAGCAAUGCCACGUUAGUCAUCAAGUUUGAGAGCGGAGAACCAGAUCUUUAUCUUCAAGCCCUCACCGCGUCAGACUGCAAAUCCUGGAUUGUGGCACUCCGAGAGGCGAACUCCGAAGGUCUGAGAGACAAAAUCCGACACCUCGGGAGACUUAUCAUGGAAAUGACAGGGAGCGCAGAGGCAGACAGCCCCGACAGAGAGGCGGCCGGAGCAGCGGGUGCAGUCUUGGUUCCAAAGCUGCCACAGGUGGAGUUCAGCCUCGCAUGCAGGGAGCUCGCCGCCCCGGCGCGAGAGAGGAAACCCAACGCUGUGGUGCAGAUCGCUAUCAUAAACACACAGGAGCAGAGCCUCACCGCGUACUCCUACACUGAAAUAGUCGAGGGAACAAGAGACCCACUGUUUCUGACCGGAGUGACCUUCCCCCCAGAAUACCGCAUCUGCGAGGAGACCCGGGUCAAGCUUACGGUCUAUGAUGUGAAAGACAAGUCCCAAGAAAAUAGGAGCUUUCUGGGCUACACAACCUUUUCAGUGGGGGACUUGUUGAAGUCAAAGGAGCAGCAGUUAACCCUUAGCCUGAGAACAUCAGAUGGUACCAACACAGUGGGGGCAGUAGUGGUCAGCCGUCUGAAGAUGGGGGAGAUAGAGGACGGAGAGGUGGACCACAUCGCGGCAGAUGCGCGGGGACAGAAGUGCACUCUGGUCUGUGAGUCAUUACAUGGAACCACUAAUGACAAAGACAAAAGUCCUCUCAUGAACGCUGUGUUCAAGAACCCCGUCUGUAAAGUUUACAGAUUCCAGACUGUGGACUGCAAGUGGAUGCUGGUGCGAGAACAGAUGGCCGAGUGCACUCUGUCUUUCAGCAUCCCCAAGCAACUCAUUACACUUUACAUACAGGAGGACAUGCGGAGGAUACAGGAGCUGAAGGACCUGGGUGAUCUCUCACCUCACUGGGACAAUCUGCGGAAGGAGGUGAUCGCUCAUUAUGGCCAGUUGAUCAGCAGCUACCAAGAGACCCUCACUGAGCUCAACAAACUGUCAGGGUCGUCUUUUAAGCCCAGCUGCAGCAAAUCUGAGAAAUACCUAGAAUUUAUCCCCAUCAAUCUACACACGCAAAGAAUGCAAGUUACCUGCCCCAAAAAAACAGAUGCAUGCUACGACGUGGUCACUGUUGGAGCCCCGGCUGCCCACUUUCAGGGAUUUAAAAACGGGGGUCUCCAGAGACUGCUGAGCCGCUUCGAGGCAGAGAAGAAGAAUUUCAGCACAGCGUACCAGUGCAUCUACUACUCCCCUGAAAACACGGCCAAGGCCAAGGAGGUCCUGACCAGCAUCAGCCAGCUGCAGCCCCUCAUCUCCAGUCUGGCCGACCAGCUCAUGCAGGCCGCCCAGCAGCACUCUCCCGACCGCCUCAAGGGGGUGCUCAAGACCCUGUCUGACAAGACGGAACAGUUCGUGCACGCCCUGAAAGACGAGCUGGUGAAGAACGCCCUGCUGGCUCUGCAUACCGCGCGGCCGGGCUACGUGAGCAAGAGCAAGUCCGGCGUGUGCAACAACGUGGAGGAGAACGAGGCGCGGCCCAAGGAGGACGGGCCGGCCCCGCUGAAGCGCCAAGACUCCAUCCCCCACCACUCGGAAUACGACGAGGAGGAGUGGGAUAGGGUGUGGGCUAAUGUGGCCAAGAGUCUGAAUUGCAUCAUAGCCAUGGUGGACAGACUGCAGGAGCAUGACAACAACAACCAGGAGCCGUCGUCAGAGCAGACCCUGGCAGAUGUCAUCACCUCCCAUAGUCCCGGGGACUGGCAGGAGCAGAUAUACCCCCUAGUGGUCACGCUGAAGGACUGCGUAACAGAAGUUGUGGAUCGUGCCACGAAAUCAAUGACAUUCGUCCUCUUGCAAGAGGCGGCAUGCAGUAUCCCACAAGGCCUCUUUCUCAGGCAGAGGAGAGACAUAGUCUUCAGUCAGGCACUCGCCGCCCUGGCUUGCGGGUUCGUCAUGAAGCUGUACGCGGGAGUGGAGGACAAGGGCUUCCUGCAGCAGCUUCACCUCGUCGGACUGAUAGCCCAGUUCGAAAGCCUGCUCAGCACGUACAGUGAAGAGAUUGGAAUGCUGGAAGAUAUGGAAGUUGGGAUUUCAGAUUUGCAAAGAGUGACAUUUAAGAUCACAGAGGCCAAGUCUGACGACCCAGGAGAUCUCCAGCCGAUUGUUAGCGGCAGAAGGGACUAUUACACUGUCGAAGUGCCCUUGCCAAGUGAGGUGUUUCAGGUAUUACCAGAGGAGAUCAAAGAAGGCAAGCCAUUACAGGUGUAUCCUGUGCUCUUUAACGUUGGGAUAAAUCAACAGCAGACGCUGGCUGAGAGGUUUGGUGACAUAUCCUCGCAGGAGAGGAUAAACCAGAAAAACUUUGAGAUUUUAGAUGGCUAUUACAAGUCCUUAAGUGAUAAAGUCCCAUUGCAAUAUUUACCUUGUUUCCAAACACAAACCGACUUGAAAGAAUUACUUGAAACUCUUGGACAAAAUAUAGUGACCAAGAAACGAAAGAAUGUGGAGAUACUGUGGCUCGCUGGAACGAUCUGCCGAAGAUUGAACGGCAUCAGGUUCACCAGCUGUAAAAGUGCCAAAGACAGGACGUCCAUGUCUGUAACACUGGAACAAUGUGCUCUGCUCCGAGAUGAGCACGAGCUCAACAAGGAUUACUUUGUCCGCGCCUUGGACUGCAUGCGGAGAGAAGGAUGCCGGAUUGAGAACGUGCAAAAGAAUAUUAAAUGCAGAAAAUAUGCAUUCAACGUGCUUCAGCUGAUGGCUUUUCCAAAGUUCUACAGACCUCCAGAGGGCACCUAUGGAAAGGUUGACACGUGAAAACCAUAAACACACAGAAGGAGGAGACCUGUGUUUCUCCAGCCCAUCAAAAGCAAGAACGAACCAAUGCUGUGAAUGUCCAAUAUUCCGAGAUCAGCCCUGGAAAACCUUUGAUAACCCACACCAGGAUGAUUUUUGGAAUCUGACUGAACUGAGUGUGGGUUAUCAUCACAUUUUCAGAAAUUUCCUUUACAAGGUAAUUGUUCUGUGCUUUAGAAUGUGGAAAGAGGGUCAAGCAAAAUGCAAAAUGGCUAGAGCAUAAGGUUUAUUUCCUGCGGGCAUACUUCAUACAAAUACUGAUGUAACAAGCUAUUCAUAACAAUACACGUAAAUAGUAAAGAGGUACACAAUACAUGUCACUCAAAGCUUAGUAUGAUGUUUCACUCAGAUUCUCUCUCAAACUCACACUCCUUUAUACGUAGUGCUGUCUGUUGCUGUACAAUGCUGUAGAUACUCUCUGGUUGGUAUCAGCCAUGUGAUACACACAAACCAUUGCAUAAAUAAGAUGUGCUUUCUUGUGUCUCUGUACUGAAAAUAUCAAUUCCUCCUGAUGUCUUUUCAUCAUUUCUGCAGGUGAGUGUACUGAAUACAAUUGGAAACAUAUCACACACAAUUACCAGUAACAUAUUUGAAAUAUUUCUCAUUUGUUUUUUAAUGGAUCUUAUUUUACAUGCUUAAACUUGUGAAAUCAAAUCUAUAAGGCAAUUAUAGAUGCUUCAUGCCAAGUGCAACACUUUCUCUCUUUUUUAGAGUACUCGCUUAACCUGAGACUACCACCCCAUGGUGUGAGUCAUCUGUAAACAGAUUAACUAUUCCAACCUGCACUGGCAUGCAAUUGUCUUUUGACACAGACGGUUUGUGUAUUUAAUGAGUACUUGUGUACAGCAGAUCAUUUGCAGAUGUUCCAGUAACCUUUGCCCUAGUGAAGGGCAUAGUACAGCCCUAAGUCUCAAAAUCAUUUAAUUUAUUAUUGCAAUGAGGUUUCAGAAAAAGAAUACAUGAAGUUCCCUUACUGGUAAAAAAAAAAAUAUAUAUAUAUGUGCUGGAUUUCUGGAAGAUUUCUGGAAAAAAAGGAAAGAGGAGUAAACCUACUUGUUAUGAUCUUCUUUUGCUUCAGAAAAGCCGUCUGAAAAGUUCAUACUCGUUAGGUGUGUCAAUUUUUCAAUGGAGUACUUUGACAGGACAUGGAUUUAGUGUCAGAUGAACUGACACGGGCUAAUUUGAUAAUGCCAGUCAGGAAGACUCAAGAGCCAGUGAAGUACCUGAUGGAGGAUGUUUUGAGGUGUUCUUUUCAAUUGCUCAGAGGAAUGCGGGAAAUCUAACAAAAAAGGAGUCCUCAGUGCUCAGGAAAUUUGACAGAAACAACAAAACACUAUGCCAACAAACUUUUGAAUGUGCCAGUCCUGUGUGAGACAGUGUUGGUGGUUUUUAUUUGUUUGCUUUAUUAUUUUUUUAACAUGUUGGACUGUCUUAAAGUUAUAUUUGAUUUCAUAACCAACUGAUGUCUGAAUGUCAUAAAUCACAAUACUUGCUUUAUUUAUUAUCUUGUAAUCAUUUCUCUCAGAAUUCAUACCACAUUGCAAAAACAGACCCUUAAGGCUAAUAACAGAUAUGAUUUAAAAAAAUGAUUUGAAGUAUUGUCCCCCAGAAACUGUAAAAACGCAGCAAUAUACUGAACUCAUUUUAAACCAAUAAAACUAUUUUGAUAUUACAGAAAGUGUACAUAAGCUAACUUCUCUUUGGGUCUGGAUAACUUCACAAACA